GAUACUGUUCGAAUAUUCGGUAACUGUCAACCUUUUCACAACCAUUUUAUGUCUUAAGAAGGACUAAAAUGAAGCAAAUCGUGACUAACCAAACAGUUAAAAUCCCAGAGGGAUUGUCAGUAAGCGUCAAGUCCCGAGUAGUGACUGUAAAAGGACCCAGAGGUGUUUUAAAAAGAUCAUUCAAACAUCUGGCUUUGGAUAUACGAAUGAUAAACCCUAGACUACUAAAAGUCGAAAAAUGGUUCGGUACCAAGAAAGAAUUGGCCGCUGUAAGAACUGUAUGCUCACACGUUGAAAAUAUGUUGAAAGGUGUCACUAAAGGAUACCAAUACAAAAUGAGAGCAGUAUACGCUCAUUUUCCCAUUAAUUGCGUUACUACUGAAAAUAACACUGUCAUUGAAAUUAGAAAUUUCUUAGGAGAAAAAUUCAUUAGAAGGGUAAAGAUGGCUCCUGGAGUAACGGUGGUUAAUUCCCAAAAACAAAAAGACGAAUUGGUAAUUGAGGGUAAUUCUCUGGAAGAUGUUUCCAGAUCGGCGGCCCUCAUUCAACAAUCCACUACCGUUAAAAAUAAGGAUAUCCGUAAAUUUUUAGACGGUUUGUAUGUUUCAGAGAAAACAACAGUUGUACAAGAUGAAUAACUUGUAUUUUUGAAAUAAAUUAUAAUAAGUU